AUCUAACUCUUGACACUUUGAUCUUCUGCAACAUUAACAAACAAACACAUUCAAGUUUCUGACCAGUUCUUGGUUUGUGCUUCAAACGCAAAACGGCGAGCAGCAUGGAAGCGGCGACCAGGUACGACGACGAGGAGAUCAGAAAUCAAAUUGAUACGAUCCCUGUCACUGGUGAUGGACGGUUAGAUGCCGAGCCUCUUUUCGUUCUAGUGGAAAACAUCCUUAAGCACACCGCCCCUAUUCUUGAUACUUUUUUGCUGGGUACCCAAGCACCUAUGGGAAAAAUUGAGGACAUGAACACUAGUGCCUCUUUUAGUUCCCCCCUCUGUACACUUAAGCAGAUUUCCUGCAUGAUGGAUUACAAGGCUCUGGGUGUGAUAAAUGCACACGAGACAACACUGUCAAUACUUCACAUGCUAUCACACUACUCAUGGGGGGCAAGGGCAGUGAUGACCCUCGCAGCUUUUGCUUUGGACUUUGGUGAAUUCUGGAUCCUCAUGAGGAUUCACUCAUCUAAUCAGCUCGCCAACUCAUUGGCAUUCCUGAAGGGACUACUUGUCUUGGCAGAGCCCCCAGGGCUGCAGAAACACAAGCAAGCACUUGCUGAACUUGUCAAUCUGAACAAGGCCACAUUGGAAGUGAUAAGGUGCAUUUUUGAGUUGCAGAAGCUUCCUAACUAUGGCACAGAGAAUGUGCCAGCAUUGUCAAAAACCUUGGACCAUGUCCCUGUGGAUGUCUAUUGGGUCGUUAGAACUGUUGUCGGCUGCUCUGCUCAGAUGACUCGCGUCACUAAUGAUGAGGAUCAAUCAGUGGAUCUAUCCAGCUUGGCUCACAAUCUUGACAGCAUCCUCAACAAUCUUAAGAAGCAACUAAAUAUUUGCAAACAACAAAUAGAGGAGACUGAGACGGAGGCUUAUCAGACGCUCAGGAAUCUAUUUCAAAUCCAUCCCAAAAUAGUGGAGGUUUUUAAGGCGCUGUGUUAUGGCAAGAGUAAUUUGCAGCCGCUCAUUGAUGUUUCUAAUAAGUUUAAUGAGGUUAAUUUUGAUGUUGUGCUGAAGCAUAAAUAUGUGUUGUUGCUCAUUUCGGGCCCAGAUAUGUCGGAUAAUGAUCUUAGGACUCUCAAGCAGCUUCAUAGAGAGAUAGGCAAUCGUGGUAAGAUUGUUUGGGUUCCAUUAAUUGUGGGGCAGACGAGAAUCGACAUGGAAAGGAUGUUUAGAAACCGAAGCUCCGAGGUGCCAAUGUACCUUGUGCAGCAAUUUUUACACAUACUACCAGGGAUUAAGUUCAUCAAGGAAGAGUGGCACUUCAGGAAUGAGCCUAUUGUUGUGGUUAUUAACCCAAAGGUGAGGGUAGAACACUGGAUUUCACUCCAGCAGAUAAAGGGAAUCGACUCCUUCCCCUGUUUCAGAAAGAAAAACAUUGAUGUGAUUGUCGAUGGCAUUUGUAGGUGUGCAUGUCAGUGUCUUUGUGUUCACCGUGAACGUACCAACGUAUGAAUAUUGCCAACCCUACUACAACAAAGACGAAGGUAAUUAUCACUUGGGUGGAGAUGCAUACCUGCUCCCCAUUUAAAUUGAAAGAGGAUUCAGCCCUGUAAUACAACGGUACAUAUUAUAAUGAAAUAUUAGCAACUGAUAUAUGGAGAUGAAUAUUUAAGAUUGUUAUUUUCUGUAGAAAAUAGAAACUUUAUUUGAAAAAGAUUAAAUGUUUUUGUUGA